CUGGAAGCGGGUGUUUCGGUUUCUUGCGGUACUUAGGGUAUAAAGUUUUAGGGAAGUUUCUAACCCAGUAGGGAUGUCUUAUCAGUCUCCAUUACACAAUGGGGCUAGUAAGAGAAGUGUCUACCUUGGAAAAGAUGCUUUGCCAAAUCUGGAUUCGUUAAAAAUCCACUCAAAAGAUGCAAAUGCUGAUAAGGAAUGGAAAACUGACCCAGGAGCUCAUAUAAAUGGUGUGGUUGCCGCGCCAGCAAAUGGAAUUUCCUCUGUAGAGGGUUAUGUCGGUUACUCCAAUCUUCCUAACCAGAUUUAUCGGAAAGCUGUCCGUAAGGGAUUUGAAUUUAACAUUCUUGUUGUUGGAGAGUCGGGUGUUGGAAAGUCUACAUUCGUAAACUCAAUGUUUCUUAGUGAGGUAUAUAACAGCGAACACCCUGGUCCUUCUAAACGUCAGAAGAAAACUACUUGCGUCCAGUCACAUACAGUUAUACUUAAAGAAAAUGGCGUUUGUUUAAAGCUCAAUUUAAUUGAUACUCCUGGGUUCGGUGAUUGUGUAGAUAAUACCAACUGUUGGCAACCCGUUCUGGAUUAUAUAAUUUCACGUUUUGAUGAUUACAUUUCUGGAGAAAGCCGAGUCAAUCGUCCAUGUCAAAGCAUCCCAGACCAGCGUGUCCAUGCAUGUAUUUACUUCAUUGCUCCGACAGGACAUUCACUGAAACCGUUGGACUUGGAAUUCUUGUCACGCAUACAAGAUAAGGUUAAUGUAAUUCCAGUGAUUGCUAAAGCUGACACACUAACUCCAGAAGAAUGUCGUGAAUUCAAGAAAACAAUAUUAAAUGACCUAGCCUCCAGAAAAAUACGUGUGUUUGAGUUUAUUGACCCUCCUGAAUGCUCAGAUCGAAGCAACGAUGAGGAAUUAGUCAAACUACGGCGACUACGUGACAGGGUUCCUUUUGCUAUUGUUGGGGCUAAUACAUUGAUUACUAAUAAUGCAGGGAUUCGCGUUCGGGCGCGUUCCUAUCCUUGGGGUAUCGUCGAAGUGGAAAACAUGGAUCAUAAUGAUUUUGCUGCCAUACGAUAUCUUCUGUUAAGCGUUUAUAUGCAGUUUGAUGUACUAGAUGGUUUAAUAUGUAUUUUCAGUGUAAAAUGCUUCACGUAUGACGGGUUUAUUGUUUACUAUAUUUCGUCAUUUUUGGUUUCUGGCUACAGCCUAUACAUUCAAACAGAUUUUGUUUGGAAUAGUUCUGUGGUCGAAUUAUGA